AUGGCAAUGGAAGGCAAUUACUUACAAUCCCACUCUCUUGCAGCAAACAACCCACAUGCUUCUACCUAUGGUGGAGAUCACGCCACUGAUCUAUCUGCCCGCAUCGGUUCAAGCACUCCAACCCAAUGUACUUUCAGCGUCCCUCCAGCUCAUUAUCAUCAGGGUCCACCAAAUGGAUAUGGAAUUCCCCAUGAAUAUCCACAUUGUGUAUAUUCGGAGACUACCCACAAUUGGGAAGCUUCAGUCCAAUCCGGCUUCAGCCAACGUCCGCAUCAGAUUGAAUUCACUCACGAUAAACAGAAUCCAAUAAAUUCUGCCACUUACUGGAAUGAUAAACUCCCAUCUCCAGGAUUCGCUGGAGCUUGGGAUCAUGAGGCUUACCAAAAUGGAUAUCAUAUGCCCGCUCCAAAUGAGAACUCAUUCUAUGCUGAUUUUCAAACAUCGUCACCAUUUCAGUUCCCCGGUGUCCAUUCUAUUAUGCAGAAUAACAGCUACUUUAGAGGAAAUUCGCCUACAAGUCAGUAUGGACGUCAUCCAAAUUAUAAUGGAAUUGAAUCUUCUAGCGAUGCAUGUCUCUCAAAUAACACUACCGGAAGUUCGGAGAAUCUGGUACACACCGGCCAUCCUCAAGACAUUGAUACUAAACCAACUCUUCCACCAAUAGAAUACUAUUCGGACAGACAAGGCUAUGUUAACCCAGUUGGUGAAGAAAAGGAUCAGCAGAAUCCCGAUUUGACAGGAGAAAAUGGACAUGAGGAAGGAGAAGAGUCGGAAACGAAUGAAAACAUGGUUGAGGGUGAGAGAAUGGAAAAUGGAUCCAUCUCCGCAGAAAAUACGAGGGACGAAAACGCUUCUGAAAGUGCCAAUACGACAGAACAGAAGUCAAGUCGCAAAGAUGCUGCAGGCCGUCGUUCGGAAAAGCCAGCAUAUUCGUACAUUGCCCUAAUCGCUAUGGCGAUUAAAGCAUCUCCAGAUAAGAAAUGUACCCUUAGUGAAAUCUACCAAUUCCUUCAAAAUAAAUUCGAAUUCUUCCGUGGUGGUUACACUGGGUGGAAAAAUUCCGUGCGCCACAAUCUCUCCCUCAAUGAAGUCUUCAUCAAACUUCCCAAAGGAAUGGGAAGACCAGGUAAAGGGCACUACUGGACAAUGGAUCCACAAGGAGAACUCAUGUUUCAAGACGGUGCAUCUCGUAGACGUCCUCGAGGAUUUCGACGGAGAGCAUCAGCCUCCAAUGCAGCAAUGGUGGCGGGUAGUAUUCAAGGAAACAAUGGAAGUCAAGAAAUUACAUCUGGCCCCUUCAUGGGUCAGCUACCUAAUCCAGGCGUCUUGAUAGAUUCCGAUGUUAAUUUCUCUCAAUUCCUCAUUCCGAACAUGCACCUAUCUCCAAAUUCCCACCCUCAACAUCCCUCCUCCAUUGGUUCACCGCCCAAUCAAGCUACUAUUAACUCCACCGAGGAUGAAAUGAAAAUCCCAGAUGAAAGGACUGGAGUAUUUUACGCCCCAGCAUCGAUUGCCCAUGGAGGGUUCUACAAUCCGGUCAUGGAACAGCAAUACCAAAACGCAGCCGCAUUUGUCCAUCAACAUUUUCAAGAUGAUGGAGCACAACAGCAGCAGAUGCAGCUGUCUAUGAAAGUGGAAUCUCAUUCUCCGCAUUUUGAAGGUCCGAAUUCUCUCUAUGGGAUUCUGUCUUCUUCCAAUCAACCUGGACAAAUGGUUAUUCCUGGAAAUAACUUCUGGCCGGAGAAUACCGAAAGUAGACGUGCAUCUUUCCCUAUACCAGGAGAAAUGAAUCCAGAAGAGCAGCAGUCUUUUGACGCUAGGAGAUUUGCAAUGCCAUGGAGUCAGACCUCUGAGGAUUGCAAACCUUCCGUUGUCCAUUUUCAGCAAGCUCCUGGGGAGUCUACUUUGGAACCGGCACUUCAAAACAAUAGCCCAAACCUGCAUUCUCACCUAAAAAAUUCCAUGUCCUGCAAUGACUGUGAACCUCAAUAUGGAACGGCCCAAUAA